AACCGAUAAAGUAUGUUAUAAUAUUCGAAAAAUCUUCACUGCUGAGUAUUCAUAUUUUAUUGUAGUAAAAUAAUCGAGGGUUCACAUUCAAGAAAGAUGAAACUGAAUAUACCAAAGUGUAUGGAGUCCUUUCUAUUGAGAGGUUAUAAGGAGUUUCGGAGCAACGAAGACCAUUUAACAAUAAAAGAAGAGCAGACCCUAGUGGCUAGAUUGGUAUGUGGACUUCAAGUUCAGCUGUUUGGUAUGUCCGAAUAUAAGGCUUUCGGGGAUUACAAAACAUUUCGAUCUGAGCUGAAAUAUCGCUGCUUGAUAUUUUUUCCUAUGGCUGUUUGUUUCUAUAUUGUUUUUUCUUAUGGACUUCUGAAUUUUAUAAUCAUUGAAAUCGAAGAUGAUGCAAUGAAGAUUCAAGUUCUAGCAGGACUAUUCAGUGCUGUCGAUAAGGUGGCACCGUUGUUUCUCUGGAUGUCGUAUGUAGUGCAAUCCAAAAAUAUGUUUGACCUUGUUCAGCGCUACGUCAUGUCUGGCAGGGAAAUGUCUUUGGAUAUGAGAGAAUUCUACAGGAAAUUAACUCUGAGGCUGAAUUUCAUACAAAAAACAGUUCAGAUCAACACUGCUGGCGGUUUUGUGUACCACUACUUUCAUAAAUCUUUUUGUUUCCAUAGCGAUCCAAGGUUUGUCUGCAGAACGUUUACACCUUUAUGGUUUCCUUUUGCUACAAACUUUUUUCCAGCAAGGGAAGUGAUUUGUAUUUUUAUCACGUGUACUAUCUCCUAUUUGAGCUUAUUCCUGAUCUAUCCAACGCUGAAUUCCUAUGUUAUUGCUGAAUUAUUGGAUUACAAAGUGAAACACUUGAUAAAAUUAAUACAAGAAACUUCUUUGAACCGUGCUCGGGAUAUCCAAAAUAUACGAGCCAGCUUCAAACGGAUUGUGGACUAUCAUCAAGAGAUUCAGGAAUGCUUCGUUUUGGCUAGAGAAAUUAUUGGGGUUACAUCUAUUCCUAUUGUGCUUGGUGCUGCCCCAUUCAUUGCUGCUCUAUCAACAUCUUUCCUCUUGGAUCCAAACUAUGCACACAUGGAUGAACUAUUGACAAUCUUUGUUCUUGUUUAUCUAUGGUGUGAUUCCUCACAGAAAAUAACAGAUUUGGGUGGAAUACUUGCUGAGGAAGUUUAUGCAAUGGAUUGGUAUGAGAUGGACGUAAAAUUGAAGAGUGAUUUCGUUUUAUUUUUACACAAAGUUCAACAGCCUGUGGAAAUGAAAUCGUUGUUCUUUAUUUUGAACAAACCACUUCUACUCUCGUUAGGGAGAAGCAUGUAUUCAGUCUUGAUGCUGAUUCUCAAUAAAAACUGAGACACUCAUUCUAUCAUGACUGGUUUGAUGAGAAUGAUUUCCUGAUUAAUUCAGUGGAGAAACUAUGCAACCAUGAAUUCUUCUUUUCAUACACCUCAACACAU